AUGGCGGCCGCCACCAGUUCGAGCUCCAAUUCACUGCUCAGUGCGCUCGACCGGGAUCCUCGCACUGAUCUCCGCCUUGGGCGAGCUCGGAUCCAGUUCGGUGGCCGAUCGGGGAAGAGGCUGUGCACGACGACGAUCAAAUGCGUCCACGAAGGAGAAGAACACGCGAGGAGAUCCGGAAGAACCAGCGACGUCAAUCGCCGCGAGUUCGUCCUGGGAUCAAUCGGCGGAGGGGCAGCCGCCACACUCCCAGUAGCAGGCGCGCUCGCCAAUCCGGUGGAGCUCGGCAGCUUCUCAUCGUGCUCGCCAGCAGAGCUCCCCCCCGGCGCGACGCCAGUGAAUUGCUGCCCGCCGCCAAACUCCAGCCCGAUCGUCGACUUCCAGUACAACACCCGCCUUCCGUCGCGCCUCCGCCGCCCCGCCCAUCUCCUCCGCCCGGACGAGAUCGCGCGCUACAACCGCGCCUAUCAGCUCAUGCGCGCUCUCCCGGCCAGCGAUCCCCGCCGCUUCUCCCAGCAAGCCAACGUCCACUGCGCCUACUGCAACGAUUCCUUCCGCCAGGCCAACAGCCGGAGCGAGCUCCAGAUCCACGACUCGUGGCUCUUCCUCCCCUGGCAUCGCUGGUACCUCUACUUCCACGAGAGGAUCCUGGGCAAGCUCCUGGGCGAUGACACCUUCGCGCUUCCAUUCUGGAAUUGGGACAACCAGGCCGCCGGAUCGCCGCUCGCGAAUGUCAUCCCCUCCGCCUACCUCAAUCAAGCGCCCCUGAUCGAUUCACUGCGCAACCAGCAGCAUCUCCCUCCCCGGCUCGUGGAUCUGAACUACUCCGGCCAGGACAGUGGGCCGAUCCCACCGGAUUCCACCCAGCGCGCCGAGAACAAUGCCCUGAUGUUCCAGCAGAUCGUGAGUGGCGCUAGGACCCCGAGCUUGUUCUUCGGGCAGGCCUACCGCGCUGGCGACGCCAAUGCCCCUGGCGGAGGAACCCUAGAAAACGCCCCCCAUGGCACUGUGCACGUCUGGACUGGCAGCGCCGCGGCGCCCAAUCGCGAGGACAUGGGGACGCUCUACUCGGCCGCCAGGGAUCCGAUCUUCUUCGCGCACCAUGGAAACAUCGAUCGGCUCUGGGUCGUGUGGAAGACGCUGCCCGGCGGGAGGAGGAGAGACCCCACCGACACCGACUGGCUCGACGCGAAAUUCCUCUUCUACGAUGAGAAUUCGCAGCUCGUCCGCGUGAGAGUCCGCGAUGCGCUCACGACCGAGCAGCUAGGGUAUUCUUACCAGGACACCGGCGAUGCCUGGGCGAGCGCCAGGCCGACGAUCGUCGCUGGGGCGAGAAAUCUCGUCUCCAAUGCCGCGGUGGAUUCUCCUGCCGUGGCCGCUGCCGCUGGCGACGACGACGACGACGGCAUCGAGGAAUUCGGCGAGGCGACGGAGGGCAGGGUCAAGAAACUCGAGGACGUCUUCAAAUCCAAGGUGAAGCGCCCGAUCAAGGAGGACCUCGCCAAGAUCAAGGAGAAGCUGAGGAUCGGCAAGAAGGAAGAGGAGGAGGACGACGAGGAGGAAGAAGUUCUAGUGAUCCAGGGCGUGGAGAUCGACUGCGAUAGGGCGACCAAAUUCGACGUGUACAUCAACCUGCCGGGCGCGGACGAGAACACGUCGUGUAACGUAGCGGAAUAUGCUGGGACGUUCGUCAACGUGCCGCACUUUGGGGACCGCCGCGGCGGGCCUGGUCACAUGAGGACCACGGACCUGCGGCUGGGAAUAUCCGACACGCUGGACCAGCUGGGCAUAAAAGAUGCCAGGAAUAUUGUCGUGACGCUGGUGCCCAGGGGCGUUGGGAGGCUGGACCCUAUCAAGUUUAAAGGCUUCAAGAUCGAGUAUGAGUGA